UUUACGCGGAUGUCGUCGCCGGUCCGAAAGUCGCAUCGAACCGGGUUACUCCCUGUUGCCAGUAUGGAUGAGGAGGAUUUCACACUGGUAUCAAGAAAGAAGAAGGCGCGCACGGCGCCUCGUAAGACUCAGUGUGGUACCGCCGAACCGGCUAAUUCUGGCUUGCGGAUUGCUACACCGAGUAAGGCGCUGUACGUAUCGCGCUUGCAUUACACCGCCACGGCUGCUGAAGUGGUGGAGUGUGUACACCAGAAGACCGGCUACACGCUGAGGGUGUUCCAGCUUCGAUCGCGCCACUACGUGCACUUCAAGUCUUUUGUGGUGCGCGUGCCGCGACCGCUGCAGGGGACCAUCGAGUGCGCCGACUUCUGGCCGAAAGGUGUCGUGUUUCGGAGGUUCCGGGGCAAACUGCCGAAUCCGACACAAGAGCAGCCGAUGCAACGGAGCCACGCCGUUUUGUCGACUAAAUAG